AUGUCCCACCAACCGGUUUCUGACAGCUCCAGUCUGUCCGAGAAUGGCCCUUCCAUAGAUAAGGCCAAAACCAACGAGAUUAUCCACACUGUGACCUCGGUGGACAUCGAAAAGGUUGAAAAAGAGCUCGAGCACGAUGACUGGCUGUACCACGAGGGAAACGUGGAAGAUUUGGCCAACUCGCCCUAUCCUGAGGUUCGUGCUGCGGUGACAUUGGAUAUCGAUCUUGACGUCAAGCUCAACCACUGGAGAACAUGGACUUUGACGUUGAUUUUUGUGAUUGUGUUUGCAGGCGUGAACCAGUUCUUCUCGCUUCGUUACCCCUCCUUGACCAUCGGCUUCAUUGUGGCGCAGAUCGUGUCGUUUCCAAUCGGUAAGCUUUUGGCUAGACUUCCAGAAUACAAGCCAUCGUUUCUUCCCGAUUUCUUCCAGCUCAACCCAGGCCCAUACUCCAAGCAAGAGCAUGCUUUGCUCACCAUCGUGGUGUCCUUGACGUCUUCCACCUCGUAUGCAAUGAACAUCCUCAUCACCCAGACCAACUUCUACAAGCAGAGUCUCGAUGCUGGAUACAUGAUUCUUUUGGUGUUUUCCACCCAACUUUUGGGCUACGGUGCAGCUGGACUCACCAGACGUUUUAUCGUCUACCCUGCCGCCAUGAUCUGGCCCCAGACCUUGGUGACUACGUCUCUUUUCAAUACCUUGCACUCUAAAGAGGGCGAUGUUCUCGAUAAGAUGAACGCCAACGGCUGGACCAUGUCGAGAUACAAAUUCUUCGGAAUUGUGUCCAUUUUCUCCUUUGUCUGGUACUGGUUGCCCGGCUACCUUUUCAAGGCGUUGUCGUACUUUGACUUUAUUACGUGGAUCUGGCCCAGAAACCUCAUUGUCAACCAGGUUUUCGGAGUACAGUCGGGACUUGGAAUUAUCCCAAUUUCUUUUGACUGGACCCAGGCCACCCAGGCCAUGUCUGCCUCUCCAUUGGCUACUCCUGCCUGGGUUUCUGCAAACACCUAUGCAUCUGUGUUCAUCUUUUUCCUUAUCGUCUUGCCAUGCUUAUACUACACCAACACCAUGUACGCCAAGUACAUGCCUGUGAUGCUGACAACGACAUUUGACAACACAGCCAAAAAGUACAAUGUGUCGAAAGUGCUCAACAGCAACCUUGAGUUUGACGAGGAGAGCUACAAGCGGUAUUCGCCUUUGUUCGUGCCAUUUUCGUACCUUCUUUCCUAUGCACUCAAUUUUGCAGCCGUUGUGGCCAUUUUUGUCCACUGUUUCUUGUACCACGGUAAGGAAAUUGUGCAAAAGUUGAGAGACCAAAGAGCCGGUGGCGAGGAUAUCCACAAGAGAUUGAUGAACAACUUCAAGGAAGCCCCCGACUGGUGGUACUUGGGCUUGUUUGUCAUUUCUAUUGGUCUUUCCUUUGCAGCCGUUUGUGCUUAUGAGACUCAGCUUCCAUGGUGGGGUCUUAUUAUCUCCUUGUUGAUUGCUUUUGUCAACUUUAUUCCCCAGGGCUUGCUUGAAGGAAUCACCAACCAGCACGUUGGUCUCAACAUCAUCACCGAGCUUGUGGCUGGUUACAUCUGGCAGGGUAAGCCUUUGGCUAACAUGAUGGUCAAGUUGUACGGCUUCAUUCCCAUGAGACAAGGUCUUGAGUUUUCGAGAGAUUUGAAGAUUGCUCAGUAUAUGAAGAUUCCUCCAAGACUCUUGUUCUUUGCUCAGAUUAUCGGUACUUUGGUGGCUGCUUUGGUCAAUGUGGGUGUGCAAGAAUGGAUGAGAUCAAACAUCGACAACAUCUGUGACCCCAAACAGGCAGAUGGAUUUAUCUGCGCUAAUGGUAGAACCAUCUUCAAUGCCUCCAUUAUCUGGGGUGCCGUUGGUCCUGCUAAAUUGUUCAACCCAGGAAAGCGCUACAAUGCUUUCAUGUGGUUUUUCCUUAUCGGGUUCUUUGCACCAAUUGUCACCUGGCUUGUUGCUAAAAAAUGGCCCAAGCACUGGGUCAGCAGAAUCAAUGCUCCUGUGUUUUUCACUGGUCCUGGUAACAUUCCUCCAUCCACCAUCUACAACUACUCCCUUUACUUCGUCAUUUCGUACGGUUUCAACCACUACAUCCGCAAGUGGUUCAGAGCUUUCCACGUGAAGUAUACGUACAUUCUUUCUGCUGCUAUCGACUCUGGUGUGUCGAUCUCAGCAGUCAUCAUUUUCCUUUGUGUGUCCUAUCCAGCAGGUGCACUUGUGUGGUGGGGCAACACCGUUUACAACACCAACUACGACGGUCAGUCCAAGCCAUUUUACACCUUGGCUGAUGGAGAGACCUUUGGCCCCACUACCUGGGAUUAA